AAAGAGAAAACCCGACCAGAAGUUUCAGUGAAUCGGAGCUUCAUCAAUGGCGGAAGUCUCUGAAAUUACGAACUCAGAAGUGUCUGAACCACAUGAUCCAGAAUCGAGCUUCGAUCCAAAAUCGAUGCGAAAGACUAAGCCUGGGCUUAAGCGCCUAGUCCUCACCAUUUCAGUGCUCUUCUCCUUCGUCCUAGGUUUCCCAUUGCUAUGGAAAUCAGUGGAAAUCUACCGUGCACCUCUACCGUUUCGCGAAAUCGACCACCUCUCGGCUCAGCUCGAUUCCACUCCAUUACGAUUUCCCUGUCACUUUCAAGCAGUAUUCAUUGGGUUCAACUCCGAAUCUUCCAUUAGCGCCACCUCAGAGGACCUAGAGUCCUCACUUCUCAAUCGAAUGACCAAAUUGGGUUCCCAAACUGCAGAGUGCGGUUCGUGUGGCACCAACUAUACCGUCUCAGUGGUUGUUGACUCUGAUUCCCGCUGUCUCCAAUCUCCAACCAGUGAAUCAUCGUGUCCAUGGAAGUGUGGCUCCUUAAGUAACGUUGAUUUUGAUGGUGAUGAUGGGGCUAUUGAUGAGUCAUUAGAGUCUGCGUUGGGUGGUUGUUCUGAGCUUGCCUCUGGCGGGAAGGUCUAUACUGUGGUGUUGGUGAAUAGAAAUGAGGAUGUUAGAGCUGUUGUUGGGAAGUAUCGGCACGCUUGGAUUUUGGGGAAGGUUUCCGAGACGGAGGCGUUGUCGAGGGUGGCAGAGAUUUUUGUCAAAGUGUUUGUUAAUGGUGGAAAAGAAGAAGGUUCGAUUCAUGGGGAGUUUAUGCCUGUUGGUGCUGAUGGAAAGAUUGUGCUUUCGUUCAAUUUGCUAAAUUCUGAUCCGAGAGACGGAGUUUAUGAUUGGGAUUUUCAAAGUGUAGAAGAGAUUCUCUUAGCCCCUGUAAUCGAGGCAUUAAGGCCUAUUGCAAACAUAAGUGUAGAAAGUCAAGUUUUAUACCACACACCAAAGUCCUCAUUUUCUUACUGGGAUGACAAGUGGAGCAGUUUCAUUUUUAGUACCAAGGAUCUUCCUUUCUUUGUGAAUUCAAAUGAGUGGCACUUGGAUACUUCCAUUGCAGCUGGUGGGAGAUCAAAGAUAUUACACUUUGUGGUAUAUGUUCCUUCAGCAAAGGAGUCCCCUCUUCUCCUACAGCUUGAAGAUGGAGAGAUUUCUAAGACAAAUGGCUUUAUAUCCCCGAUGUGGGGAGGAGUCACUGUUUGGAACCCUGAAGGAUGUGGGAAAAUUUUGAAAAGUAAGCGUCCAGUCAGGCAUACAAUUUCACAACAGGAUCUUCAGAAUGUUAUCGAAGUUUUCAUGGGGCAGUUCCGGCAACUCUUUGGUCUUAAAUCUGAUAAGCUUUUUGUUGGCUCUUCUGGCAUAUCCAACCUUUUAGCUAGUGAAAGAGGCUUCACAGUGUGGGAACUGGAUGUCUUGUCGCGACAACAUGCCUGUUUUAACCUUCGAUCAUGUGCUACCACCCUUGGAUCUCUUUCCAGAUUGGUUCAGUCACUUCCUAGGAUGAUUAUUAUGGAUGAGAUUGGAAAACAGGUAGCCUAUUCUCUGGAGGCAGCAAAACUGGCUCAAAAUAAUGCUUCUCUUGGAGUUUACGAUGCUUCUGCUGUGGCAUCUGGGCAAGCAAGAGCUCUGGCGGAGGACGCCUUCUUUCACCCAUCAAUCAUGUCCGUUAGCUACUACUCAUUUGAGCACUGUUUUGCUGUCUACUCGCCUUUUUUUCUGCCAGUUGCAAUGCAUGUUCUCUUGGCGGCUUUAAGAGAGUGGAGAAGAUACAAGCAAGAAAGCAAGAAGUACUUGGCAUGGAAGAACAAAUCAAAGUAAACAAAGCAUCUUAAAUGGCCUCAAUUUAUUCUUCUUGACUCUUCGUCUCCAAAGGCAUUUUAGCCCAAAUGAUGAAUUAAUGUAAUAUUUCAUUCAUUAGAUUCCCUUUAGAAUUUUGAUACUUAUGUUUGUGUAGAUUAGAAGAGAAUGCUAACUUCACAAUUGUGCCAAUUGAUUUGUUAGUUACGAGCCAGCAUUCAUUUUAUACGUAUUUGGGAUUUUGAGUAAACCAAUAAUUUGUCUAAUAUGAAUCAAAGCACAAGAUUUGCGAUUUCA